GCGCACAAUGGGCCAUGGAGUUCUCGUUCGACGUGGACGCGCUGCUCCCGGAGCGGAUCACGGUGCUGGACCAGCACCUGCGACCCCCAGCCCGCCGACCCGGAACCACAACGCCGGCCCGUGUUGAUCUACAACAGCAAAUUAUGACCAUUGUAGAUGAACUGGGCAAGGCUUCUGCCAAGGCCCAGCAUCUUCCUGCUCCCAUCACCAGUGCAUCAAGGAUGCAGAGUAAUCGCCAUGUUAUGUAUGUGCUCAAAGACACUUCGGCACGACCGGCUGGCAAAGGAGCCAUAAUCGGCUUCCUUAAAGUUGGAUACAAGAAACUCUUUGUACUGGAUGAUCGCGAGGCUCACAAUGAGGUAGAACCACUUUGCAUUCUGGACUUUUACAUCCAUGAAUCACUUCAGCGUCAUGGCCAUGGGCGAGAACUCUUCCACUAUAUGUUGCAGAAGGAGCGAGUUGAACCACACCAACUGGCCAUUGACCGACCCUCACAGAAGCUGCUUAAGUUCCUGAAUAAACAUUACAACCUGGAGACCACAGUCCCACAGGUCAACAACUUUGUGAUCUUUGAAGGCUUCUUUGCCCAUCAGCAUCGUAAGUUUUGUCACCUUGUGUGUGGGCCAAGUAGCUGGAGUGACGGGAAGGAAAGAGGUGGAUUCUUGAUCCCACUGGCCCCCUCACUGAGGGGCACCACCACUUCCUUCCUCACAGGGCCCCCUGCUCCCUCCCUGAGGGCAUCUCGACACUCUCGUGCUGCUGCGGUUGAUCCUACACCCCCUGCUCCAGCAAGAAAGCUGCCACCCAAGAGAGCAGAGGGAGACAUUAAGCCAUAUUCCUCUAGUGACCGAGAAUUUCUGAAGGUAGCUGUGGAGCCUCCUUGGCCCCUGAACAGAGCCCCUCGCCGAGCUACGCCUCCAGCCCACCCACCCCCUCGCUCCAGCAGCCUGGGAAGCUCCCCAGAGCGGGGUCCCCUCCGCCCCUUUGUGCCAGAGCAGGACUUGCUGCGUUCCCUGCGCCUCUGCCCCCCACACCCUACCGCUCGCCUUCUGCUUGCUACUGAUCCUGGGGGCAGCCCAGUCCAACGUCGCCGCACCAGCUCCCUUCCCCGCUCAGAGGAGAGUAGAUACUGACAGUUAGUGGCCCCCUCCCUGGACACCUGGGCCAGGCAGAGUCCCCUCUCCCUGAGAACCCCAGAUUCACUCUUCCAUUGUAGUCCCAGGUUCCAGGGGAACCUGACAGAGCUUGUAGGAUUCCCUUUUCCUCUUUCUUGGGCAAAGGUGUUGUCAGGGUCCCAGAUGGCUUAGUAUGUUGUAGCUCUUCUUCCUGUAGAAAGCACGCUUUCUUUCCUAAGUGGGCUCCACACACUCCCACAGACAGGAUCCUGACUCGCUGCCAGAUCCCUUGGUUGGGUGGCUCAUACUAAUUAUCCAGAGAAGCACACCCUUGCUUACUGUUAGACUCGAGAAUACACUGGAAGGCCCAAGGGCCUCCUCUGCCAGGGAAACCCAUAAGGAGUCUUGUCCAUGGAAAAAUCCCACGGUCCUUCUACAGUGUUCCUGCUGGCUCUCACUGCUUUGUGCUGCCUCCCACACUUAACCUUUGAGGCCUGCAGAAGCCGACCAAUGAGCUUUGCCUCAGAGCCGUUCAGUGAUAAAGGACAGGGUCUUACCAGCUCCCCAAAGGGAUCCACUCAACAUUGCCAAACUCUUACUCUCAUGUUUUGCAUAUGUGUCUGGGAACCCCCAAGCUGAUGUCUGCUUUGGGGCUCUAAAGACUCCACACACUUCUAAAGAUACCACUACUUCCCCCAGCUCCAGAUUCUGUGAGGGAGUUCGUUUCUUGGCAGUGGUCCCACCGAGUCCCCUGGGGUCACUCUUAACCAUGUUUCAGGAGACAAGCCCUGAGUCUCAAGUAUGUUAGCUCCCAGGAACCCACCCCUCUUGCAUUCACCUCUCCCCGUAGCUAGAUGAUGGUAUUUUCCAGUCUUGUGAGAUUAUCUUGAGGUAAUGGGGGAAUUCUUCCUCUAUUCCUUUCCUCUAUACCUCCAUACCCAGGGUGUGGAAUACCCUUCCCCCUCCCUACUCCUUGAAUGUGUGGUAGUUCAGGUACCCUCAGUGUUCCCCCAUCCCAGUACUUGGGAGCAGGAUCUCCCUCUCUCUCAACUCCUUUUCCUUCUCUUUUUCAGUGUUGUCUGAAUACAGUGUGCAUUCUUUUGUGUUUUUUAAAUGGACAUUUUCAAUGAAAAAAAAAAAUCAAAAAAAUCCUAAACUUCAGGUCUCAGCCUCGUUUGUGUGUCACCUGUUCUUUUCCUGGGAUCCCUGGACCUGUCUCUAUCCUCUUCCUUACCAUUGUGAUCUGCUGGAUGUUCUGCAGAUUCUGUCUCGUGUCAUAUAGUCACUGGAUACCUCAGCUUCUAGAUCUACACCCCCAUUCCCUCCAGAAACCUCCAGUUCUCCCCCAGUGACUUCUGCCCUUUAGCCUCGGCCAGCCAUUGCCAAAAUGUCAAGAUCUGCCAACAUCCCUGGGAUUCACUCAUUGCCUGAAUUCCUCUUCCCGUUCUGAUUUCCUGCCCUUUCCCCCAGCCUUGGACCUCUCCCAAGACAAUUCCUUUUCCUCCUGAAUUCAGCCUUGUCACUCUCUACUUCCCUCUGGUCUGCCCUGUCCUGUAACUAAAGUCAUCAGGUUUUCUAAACCAAACACCAGGGCACCUAGUCCAACAAAUUUUUUUGCCUAUAUAGAAGUCUGGUUUCCUGACAUCACUUCGAUCACAUUUAGCCUUACUUUUUUUUUUUUUUUUAAAGAUUUUAUUUAUUCAUGAGAGACACAGGCAGAUGGAGAAGCAGACAGGCUCCCUGUGGGGAGCCCCAUGAGGGACUCGAUCCCAGGGCCCAAGGAGCAUGACCUGAGCCAGAGGCUGACAUUCAACCACUGAGCCACCCUGGUGCCCCCGUUUAGCCUUACUUUUAACACAGUACCUCAACUAGAACUAAUACCAACAAACCAGGACUGAUCCAGAAAAUCUUGGGGUAUAAAAUGAGCUCCCUCCCCUUUUCUGAGGCACAGCUUACAUUAAAAGUAGUUAUUUACCCUUCUUUCUCUCCUGUACUAUUUCUUCCAUUCCUCUCCUCUGAUUCCUCCAUACCCACUCAUCGUUGUUCCUAUGGCCUCUACCCCAUCAUCUCCCAUUGUUUCUACAGGGGGGCUCCCCCAGGGCUGGUAGCCCAAAGCUGCUGCUACAGCCGCCAUGGGGGGUUGAGUUCCUCAUCCCCCAAUACAGGUAAGUAUUCUCCCCUCCUGCCCUCAAAAAGGGUACGCCACAUUCACUACCUACUCCAGCCUU